AAAAAAAACUCAAAUAAGUAUUCAUAUGAAAACUGAUAUCAUAACAAGUUUUUCAAAACAGAGCAAUCAUAUGUGUAGUUACAGUCGAAUAUCUUCCGUCUAUCAAACUGUUUGAUUUAAUUGUGAUCUUAUUUUGUAUUAUUGAAAAUAGAAGAUGAGUGGACUCUAUCUACACAGCCCACAGCAACAGUGUGGAAAGGACUGCCAUGCUUACAGUCCAUGCUCAAACAAAGCUGAAGAAAUUUACAUAAGAGGAAGACCAAUAAUGGCUUGUGUUCACACAACACAACCUACAGAAGUCUUCACAAAACCACCAAACCACAUACCGAAAGCAAUUGAAGAUGUACCAAGAAAACAAUCGCACACUGAAGGUUGUUUGAGAAAUAAAGGAUUUGUUUGUCCAUUUGGUAGAUGCGAGGAUAAAUCUAAAGACCUUUUCAAUCACUUUUACAAGAACCACGACUUCGUAAGAGUCAAUUUGAACGUACCACUGGUCUACAGGCUUAAAAACAUCACGAAAGAUAUGUUCAUCAUCUAUGAACAACAAAAAGAUGUUUUCUUCCUUGGGUACAUUGAAGACUCGUAUAAGAAUUAUAUACAUUUUGAAAUGCAGGUCAUUUAUAACUAUACGAAAAAUUGCUGUGGACAUCCUAAAUUUGUUUUAAGCAUCCCUGGUUGUGUCAGCAAUGCAACUAUAGAUACGUUCAAGAGCAAAUUCUCCUUAGGUAAUGGUGUCAGGAAGAUUCAAAUCUAUAAAAAUAAUCUAAGAAAGUCGACUGGAUCGAAAAUGUUUUAUGACAUGGAAAUUAUGGUGAAGCAAAUUUUAUAAUCAAUAAAUUCUAAUUUAACUGUUUUUUCAUGUCACAUGUUUUUCUGUAAUUUUAAAGUUUUCUGUUUGUGUUUGUUAAUAUUGACUUGUUUACAUAUAUUUUAUUAGAAAUUUUGAUGGAAUGAAAUAUGUCAAGGUUUUAACAUCGAUUUAACGAAUAAAUGAUAUUUGAA